CAAACACACACCGCCUCAGCCUGGAGUACCAUCCACGGGCAUUGGGUAAAUCUGCCUAGGGCUCUGCUAUCACACUCUCUCUCUCACACAGACAGACAGUCAACACAGACAGACAGUCAGACAGACAGACUCCUAAUAUGUCUCUGUUUUCUUUUAGAGUAGAAUCCCAGCUCUCUCAGAGUGAAGCAGAGCCAUGAUGUAGACUAAUCCUAAACUUCAGACUGUUUAUCUCCUCCCAGGAAUGGAAGUCAAGUAAACCAACAUCUCACUUAGUGGAUCAAUGAUUAAAUGGAUUGGAUAAAUUGACUCGGGUGAAGUUAAUUUGAUAAACGCUUCAAUCAGCGCAACAAAUGAUCUAGACAGUCAGGCUGUAUUUUCCCAUCCGCUCGGAGUUGAUUGGAACAAAGCGCGCUGCGCUUUGAACUGGCAGAGUUCGACCCGCAAAUCAGCUGUCGUGCGGAGGAGCGGCGAGGGACAGUUGGCGAAGUCCAGAGACAGUCACUAGCAUACGAGUGUCAGGGUGUGUGUUGGGGGUCACAGAAAGGUCGUUGCCAUGGGGAAGGACUACUAUAAGACGCUGGGUAUCCCUAAGGGUUCUAACGAGGAGGAGAUCAAGAAGGCAUAUCGCCGCAUGGCACUGAGGUUCCACCCAGACAAGAACACAGACGCAAAUGCAGAGGACAAGUUCAAAGAGAUCGCUGAGGCGUACGAAGUUCUGAGUGACCCCAAGAAGAGGGUCAUCUAUGACCAGCUAGGAGAGGAGGGUCUGAAGGCGGGGGGCAGUAGUGGUCAGUCUGGGGUUCCUGGUGGGUCGUACCACUACACCUUCCAUGGGGACCCCCAUGCCACCUUCGCCUCCUUUUUCGGCGGGUCCAACCCCUUCGAUAUGUUCUUCGGACCGCACCGCAACCACCACAACCGCUCCAACGGCGUCCACUCCAAGGUCCCCAACGACCAUGACAUGGAAACAGACUUGGAUGAGGAAGACCCCUUCGCCUCUUUCACACACUUCGGCUUCCCCGGGGGGGUCAACGGCUUCCCUGGCCAUGGCGGGGGCAGGAGGAGGGGAGUGCAGUCGGAGCGUUUGGGGGGGUCCAGGAGGCAGCAGGACCCCCCGGUCGUCCACGAGCUGAAGGUGUCUCUGGAGGAGAUCUUCCAUGGUUGCACCAAGCGGAUGAAGAUCACCAGGAGGAGGCUGAACCCUGAUGGCAGGAGCAGCUGUACGGAGGAUAAGAUCCUGAACAUCGUGAUAAAGAGGGGAUGGAAGGAGGGCACCAAGAUCACCUUCCCUAAGGAGGGGGACGAGACCCCAGAGAACAUUCCUGCAGACAUCGCCUUUGUGCUCAGAGACAAAGGACACGCCCACUUUAGGAGAGACGGCUCCAAUAUCAUCUACACAGGCAAUAUCAGUCUGAAGGAGGCGCUGUGUGGCUGUACGGUGAACAUUCCCACCCUGGAUAACCGCGUCAUCCCGCUAUCCUGCCAUGAGGUCAUCAAGCCAGGGACGGUAAAGCGGCUGAGGGGGGAGGGCCUGCCCCUCCCUAAGAGCCCCACUCAGCGCGGCGAUCUCAUCGUAGAGUUCACGGUUCGCUUCCCAGACAGGAUCCCUCCUCAGUCCAGAGAGAUCAUCAGACAACACCUACCCCAGUCUUAGGACAACACCCCCCCCCCAGACUCAUUACCCCUCCCCCCAGACUCAUUACACACUCUACACUCCUGCCUUCCCCAACCCCCAGACUCAUUACCCCCUCCCCACCCCUCCAGAUUCAUU